CGAGCAGGUUCACAGCGGACGGUCUGGGCAUUCUACUGAUCCAGGAGCCAUGGAUCUACAAAGGAGAGGUCAGGGGCCUCAAAAUGAGUUCCUAACACAAGACCUUGUCGCUGUGCAGGCAAAAGGUAACGAAGGAGCGGACUUCGUCCUGGCAGCGGCCUACUUUCCGGGAGACACGAUGACAGCACCCCCAGAGGCCGUCGGGAGCCUCGUGGAUUACUGCAGGAGGAACAACCUGCCCCUUGUCAUGGGAUGUGAUGCCAACGCCCAUCACACCGAAUGGGGCAGCACGGACUGCAAUGCACGGGGUGAGUCUUUACUUGAAUUUAUAGUAAGUAGUAAUCUAAGUAUUGUUAACGUGGGGUGCGAACCCACCUUUAUAACCAGCGUAAGAAGGGAGGUGCUUGACAUCACCUUUGGUAACGAGCUCAUGACAGGGCUGAUCGAGCAGUGGAGAGUGUCAUCGGAACCCUCCAUGUCGGAUCACCGCAUCAUAAGGUUCGCACUAGGGGUAGAGGUUAGGCAACCCCCUCCCAGGCGUAUCCCCAAAAACACGGACUGGGCCACCUUUAAGGAUACGCUUGAAAUCUAUCUCAAUAGGAGGGGGCAGCUUGACGGCAGUGCCACUGCUUCUGGACUGGAGAGCAGAUUGUCUGCGCUAAAUCAGUCCAUUAUAGAAGCAUACAACAGUAGCUGCCCCUUAAAGACGACCACCAAGAACCGCAGCUGUCCCUGGUGGUCAAGCAGGCUCAUAGACCUAAGGAAAACGGUACGCAAGCUAUUUAACAGGGCUAAGCGUACCGGGGACUGGGAGAACUAUAGGUGCGGCCUAACUGCUUACAACAAGGAGAUCAGGUCAGCAAAACAGAAGAGCUUCAGAAAUUUCUGUGAAAGUGUCUCCUCAACGCCAGAGGCUGCAAGGCUGCAUAAGGCUCUGGCUAGGGGCAAGACCGGCACAGUUCUAGCAAUUAAUUAUCUCGGUAGGACUUCGACUAUCGAGGCUGCAACGACUUGCCUGUAUCUGCGCGUCGGGCGCGAUGCGUACGUGUCCGACUGCAGCACUGGAAGUAAUGCUGGAGCUAACACCGCUACAUAUAGUGAUCGAGCAGACGGCCAAACAGACCUUGCUUCAAAUUUCAGCAGAAGGGUCUGGCAAAGGGAAGGUAAUCUCGUCCCAGCAGAUGAAGGCCUUAAGUGACGCAAUGCCACUGGCCCUUCUUCCAAGGGACAGCAUCACCAAAGCAGUAAGCUUCACUAGGAAGUUCAGGAUCACCCUUGGUAGCAAGGCAGAAUGGAACGAUUCCACGCUGGACCUACUACUAAAGAACAGUACUAUCAAGUGGUACACCGACGGCUCGAAA